CUUCCCAAAAUGGUUGGCAAUCGCUCAAUCCGAUCAGCAAAACUUCAAGUACUCCUUCAUGCACUAGUACUGUAUCUCUUUCUCUUCUGCCCUUCUGCAACUCCAUUGAGCUUUGAGUUCCCGAGCUUUAAUCAAAGUGUUGUUCCAAAAUUAACUACCGAAGGAGCUGCUUUUAUAGACACCGAGUUUCUCCGCCUCACCAAAAGCGCAAAAGACGAGAAGCCGGGGGGAGUUGGUCGAGCCUAUUACAGUGAACCCUUCCUGCUCCGAGAUAAUGCCACCGGACUCGCCGAUUUCACCACAAAUUUCACGUUCUCCAUUUUUGCGCCGAAUGAUGCCGAAUUACCGUUUGGUGCCGCUGAUGGAUUAGCCUUUUUCAUAGCGCCAAACGGGUCCAAACUCAACAGUACCUCAGAUAGCGGCUUCUGUCUCGGCCUUCCCUUCAAUAAGCGGUACCCCUUUGUGGCGGUGGAAUUUGAUAUCUACAUGAAUACAGAUGAACUCAUCCCGGCACAAAUGAAACGGCCGACGACCAGUCCAAAGAACUUAAGGGCAUCAACGGAGAUCAUGUGGGUAUCGACGUCAACACUGUCAAGUCGUUGAAAGCCAAGACUUGGAAUGGUAGUAUUAUCAAUAAAACAGAUAAUGAUGUCCAGAUCAGUUAUAAUUCUAGCACCAAAAAGCUGAGCAUUGCAUUCACAACUUUUA